AAGCGGAAGUGGCUUCCUCAGCGGCGACAUGGCGUCGGGAGGGUCUCCCGCGGACCGGCUCCCGCCGCCUUUCCCCGCCGCCGAGGCCGAGCGCGCCCCGGAGGAGGACGGCAGCGACUCCGAAGGCGAGGACAUCUUCACCGGAGGCGGCGGCAGCAGCAGCAGCGACCACCACAAGACUAAGCCGAUGUCUCCUGAGAGGGAAUCCCCUGCACAAGAAAGAAGCGACUCCAAAACGAACGGGGUUCAGGAGGAAGAAGACGAGCAGGACCUCUUUGCAGAUGCUACUGUGGAAUUAUCCCUGGACAAUACACAAAACAACCAGAAGAAGGAGAACGCGAAUGUUUUCAGUCCUGCCCCUUCUCUUGAAAGAGAAGCAAAUUCCUCUUCCAAGCAUCAGUCAAAAACAUACGAGGAGCUAGAAGAAGAAGAAGAAGAAGACAAAUUUGAACUUUCCGUGGGAGUGAGUGAUCCUGAGAAGAUUGGGGAUGGUAUGAACGCCUACGUCGCCUACAAGGUCUCCACCCAGACCACUUUGUCGCUCUUCAGGAGUAAACAGUUCUCAGUCAAGCGAAGGUUCAGCGACUUCUUGGGCUUGUAUGAGAAACUGUCCGAGAAACACGCACAGAACGGGUUCAUUGUCCCUCCACCCCCCGAGAAGAGCUUAAUCGGAAUGACCAAAGUAAAAGUUGGAAAAGAAGAUUCCUCUUCCACAGAAUUCCUAGAAAAACGCCGAGCUGCCUUAGAAAGGUAUCUUCAGAGGACCGUAAGCCACCCGACCAUGUUGCAGGACCCAGAUGUCAGGGAGUUCCUGGAAAAAGAGGAGUUGCCACGAGCGGUUAGUACCCAAACAUUAAGCGGUGCUGGCCUCCUGAAGAUGUUCAACAGAGCUACCGAUGCCGUCAGCAAAAUGACCAUUAAGAUGAAUGAAUCUGACAUCUGGUUUGAAGAGAAGCUUCAGGAGGUGGAAUGCGAGGAGCAGCGCCUGCGGAAGCUUCAUGCUGUUGUCGAAAUGCUUGUAAAUCACCGGAAAGAGCUCUCCCUGAACACGGGCCAGUUUGCCAAGAGUUUGGCCAUGCUGGGGAGUUCGGAGGACAACACGGCCCUCUCCCGCGCGCUCUCCCAACUGGCCGAGGUGGAAGAGAAGAUUGAACAGCUGCACCAGGAACAAGCCAACAGCGACUUCUUUCUCUUGGCUGAGCUCCUGAGCGAUUACAUUCGCCUUCUUUCCGUCGUAAGGGGUGCCUUUGACCAACGAAUGAAGACUUGGCAGCGUUGGCAAGACGCCCAGGUCAUGCUGCAAAAGAAGCGAGAGACAGAGGCUCGGUUGCUGUGGGCCAAUAAGCCUGAGAAGCUCCAGCAAGCCAAAGAGGAGAUCUCAGAGUGGGAAUCUCGAGUGACACAAUAUGAACGGGACUUUGAGCGGAUAUCUACGGUGCUCCGCAAGGAAGUGUUGCGGUUUGAGAAGGAAAAAACAAAAGAUUUCAAGACCAAUGUGACCAAAUACCUGGAAACGCUGUUACAUUCACAGCAACAGCUUGUGAAGUACUGGGAAGCCUUCCUGCCAGAGGCCAAGGCCAUCUCCUAACGCGGCUGAGCAAGGGCCCGUCCCGGACUGACUUUGCCUUUACUACACAAUACCUCUUGGCCUUUCAGAUGGAAUUUGCCGAGCUGAUCGACUCCUCCCCGGAGGAGAAGCUGCUUCCCCAGCUAGUAACUCUUCUAACUGUAUAUUUUUUUCCAUUUAGGUUCAUAUGCACAAUAUUAUAUAUUUUCCUACUGAAGAGAGACUAGUUUCCUGCUUAUGUCGCCCCCCCCUUCCCGCGGUAGAUAGCGGAGAGUGGGCAGGGGCGGGUCCCUUUCUGGGGCUUUUGGUAUCAGACCCAGGGAGGCUUCUUGUGGCCCCUGCCGUGCAAUGAUGACAACUAUGUAAUAAAAUGCAAAAAUCAGG